AUGUCGCCACCAGCGUAAUUUAAAACUUCCUCCCACGCAGGAUAUUUCGCAUGCUGUCUCGUCCGAAUGACGGACUGCCUUUCGUAACGAACGCCACAGUUUUCUUGUUCCUCCACGGUAUCGACAGUUUAUUAUGUUUCGAAUAAACACGCUGUUUCAGUUUCAAAUCUUAUCAAAUUCUCUAAUUGUUCUCCGUUUUUUAACAAGUCGAACAAUUCUGUCACGCAAUGAAUUAUUUUGGCCGAUCAUUUCCUCUCAUCGUAUCAAACGUUACAGAAUUUCCAACUUAACAAAGAUAUUAAUAAUAUUAAUUUCAUCAUAAUUUCCCAUAUGUUUUUAUUAAUUUGAAAAAAAAAAAAAAUCGAAACGAUUGUAUUAUCUUUUACAAUGUACAUAUAUUUUUUUAAAUAAUAUAUAGCAUCGUCUUUUCUUUUUUUUACAAAUAAUUUUGCGUCUGUCGGCCGCAAAAAUUCUGGCAAAAAAAGAAAAAAGAAACAAAAAAAAGGAACACCAGGUUUCGCGUUCGAACGCAACUGCUUCUGUAGUUACAGCACGUAACGAAGUUACAAAACUCGUCUAUUCACCAUACACGGCGGAAUAGUUGAUUGCACGAAUAGCGAGUAACGAACAGGCGAGCGAAUAAAGUGUCGUCGCAGAGACGUCCAGAGCGGAGUAGCUGGAAAAAUAGCCGGCGAUAUCGCGAAAAUUGUUGGAGCGUUUCGAAAACAAACGAUAUCGGGCAGCCUUUGUGCCACCUUUGUGCCCCGCGACCACUCGGAACGCGAUCGAACAUAAUUUUCGCGUAACGUUGGCCUCGAAUCGACUCGUUUGCUUGCUUCCACGAUUCUCCCUCAGGUUUUUUCUAGAGUCGACGACUGUGUCGAUUUCUCUGGGCGAAAACUAGGCGGAGGGGAUGAUUUUCGUUUCGUUUGAUACUUGGAAAUUUCCGACGAGAGACGGUCGGGGUAUCUGACGAGAUUCGUUACGGAGUUCGGGAGCCAGGAGUUGCGGCACAGCUCGACCUCGCGAAGUUCGAAACGCGACCGAAAUAAAAAGAGCCGGGGCCGAAGCUUUGUGAUUAAGUUCUGAGUCCUCUUUCGGACGUUAUUAGAGGCUUACGAGUGGAAACAGGAGUAUAGAAAUGAGUUUUAGAACGGGAACGCUUCUCCCCGGCAGAUCUUCAGGCUCGUCGUUAAUCCGGGAUUAAGUUGACGUACGUCGUCCUCGCGUGCCGAAAUGUCAGGAAUGUCUCGAUAUAAUAAUAAGAAAAGGAAAAUGAACAUUGAGAACUAGGUGGAUUUAAAAUUUUCAACAGUUUUCGAAGCUUUCAAAAAAAAAAAAAUAUUUUUGUGCGUUUGAAAUUUUUAUUUCUUUUCUUUUAAAUUUGUUUCGUCUACUAAUACAUUUCUGUAUAAAUUUCUUUUGAAUUAUUUCACGUAGCUCUUUGCAAAUGUGUGUGUGUGUGUUUUUUUUUUAAAUUCCACCUAAUAGAAAUAAAAUUGUGAUUCUAUCUGUAGUUUCUUUUCAAGUUGGCAACUACAUCGUAAAUUGCAUACUAUUUGAAUAAUAAAGCGGUACGAUAUUUCAUCCAUCUCGUACGGAAUAAUAUUUCACAAUCACCGAUAAUCUGCACGAAACCACGCGCCAUUGUGUAGCAUAAGAAUAGGAACGAGUGCCAAUUAUUUCUCGUUUACACAUUUCAGAGUUCGUUCCUCCGUCUGAAACUUUGCUUUUUACUCUUUUAAAUACGUUCCGCGCACGUAAUGAAAUUAAUUGAUUCAGAAACAAAUAUAACACGGGCGAAAAUCAUAUUUCAAACGUCGUUAAAAAAACCACCGGCGAUCAACGUCUAGUUUCGCGCGCGAAUUACAGAAAACCGGCGUUGGGAAUUUUCGAUUAACCCGAAUGGCAGCGACGGAACACGGUCUAGUUGCAUAAAUAUUCAAGUAGACCAACGCAACGUAAUUGUUGUAGUUUCCACUCCCUGCCCUUCCCCCGUAACAGGGAAUUCAUUCAGGCCAGGAUAAAAUAUUCCACCGUUCUGAUAAUUAAGCGGUCGAUGUGAACAAUCGGCGAGCGGAUCGACAAUUAAUUUUAUAUAUCCGUGAAUGAAGGGGCAGAGGGGCGAGGGAUUCCAGGGGCAAAUUGGCACAAUUACGUCCCGUGGAAUUCCCCGUGCAUUGCACGACCGACUGCGACACAUGGAUGGAUAUUUGUUUAAACAGGCUUUUCCCUGCUGAAUAUUUAAGAGGGUUUUGCAGCUUGAUAAACCGUGAAGCUCCGGGGCCGGCGAGCAGCGCGAGCGUAAAAUAAUAGAGCCCGCUGAAACGGAAGCAUUACUAAGAUAAAUGUAGCGUUAUAAGUGUAAUGCGGUUGCGAACGCUCUGCGUGCCACGAGCCAGAGGUUUUUCAAUUGUUAUUCGAAUACCCGAGCAGUGGCCAUUGGCGAUAUUAAAGGGAAACCGAGAUUUCUCCAUGGAACAGCGAGGAAAUGUUCCUUCGAACGAAAGAAUGAAAUUUUUAACGUGAUACAUAUCUG